AUGUACCUGCCACUACCGUGCAAAGAUGAAGAAUUCCAUGCCAUUCUUAAUACAAUGUUUGACGACGACACAAUCAAAUCCCUCAGGCCCUACAAAGUCCCUACCAAAGAGGAAAAAAGUGAUCCUAGGUACUGCCAUUAUCAUCAGUUUGUGGGGCAUCCAACCACUGCUUGUCAAACUUUGAGGAAUAUCUUGCAUGCUGAGAUACAUGAUGGAACUCUUGAGCUACCCUUUAAGAGUGUAAGUAUUCAAAACCUUCGAGCUAUAACACCCCAUGGCUGCUUGCUAAUGGAUGGGAGAAUGGUUUCUAGCGGCGAAGUAUUCACAUUGGACAUGGUGGAAGAAUGCCACUCUUGGGCUUCAUUUGGUCAGCAAGAUUAUCAAGAGACAGCUGCCAUAACUUCUCAUAACCUCACAGCAGUUGAAGAAAGUGUGAUGGGUUGUGAGCUACAAAUCACUCUCUGA